AAUUGUGUAGACUUGAUUUUUUUUUAAAUACCUUGUAAUUACAUUCGAAGGGCAACAAUCAUGGUAAAAUGGCCUUAACGUAUACCAAUUACCCAAAUAAUACGGCUGAAUUUAAUUUUAUAACAGAAAAGCUUCUCAUAUUAACCCAAAUAAAAAGCAAUGACACAAAGUUAAUCAACAAUUACCUCUGCGAGCUUAAUAAACUCGAUUUUCGAUAUGUUACUAUUUUAAAUAAUGAUGAACUGCAAUUACUAAUUAAGCAACUAUGCAUGAUCAUUGUACCUUUGCAAACAGUUCUGAUUCAGAAUACUUGCAAACUAUUAGUUAGUUUGAUCCAAAAUAAUGUAAGGCUUCAAGGAGAAACACUGAAGUGUUCUCAACAAUGGAUUUUAGAAGUUUUAGAAUCAGCUGCUCUAAUUGCGCACAAUGACAUUCUUUGUGCCUUGAAAGCUAUUUUAAUCAACGAGCAUUUUGAUGAUAUUAAUAAUUAUUUACAGUUAUUACUUGGAAAGGAAAGAUUGCUGAAGAAAUAUUUAACUCCAUCCGAUUCAAAAUGGUCUGAAGUACAGUAUCAAGCGGUUGGUUGUUUAGAAGGAAUUUUGAUAAACAAACAUAGCGAUACUCCUAUAGCACAAGAAUUUAUAUGUAUUAUAAAAGAUAUUGUAUUAGAUAUUGUUUCAUCCUUUUUAUACUUAAACGGCAAUAAACUUUAUUGCUCUAAAAUUUUAAGUUCGUGCUUGCAUAUCUUGCACAUUAUAACUGCCAAUAAGUUAUUACCGCAUUCCACCGAUUCUAUGGGCGAAAUUUUGGGAGUGGUACAAGCAUUUUCAUUUUAUGGUAUUAAGAAAUAUCCACACGCAAAGCCACAACUUCUGCGACCAGCAGCGAUGAAUCUUCCGGAAACGAUUCACGUUAUUCCUAGAUGUAAAAAUUUGAAAAACCAUAAAGCGAAAUCGAAAAAACUAGUCAAGAAACCUGUCGGAGAUGUAAAAAAUAAUAUUGUAACCGAAUGCAAAGGUGUUGGUACGCAUUCCAGCGAUUCUGAUACCUCGGACACUGAAAGCAAUAAUUCUGAUUAUCUGGAUUCCAAAGUAAGAUUGGAAGCAGUAUGUUUGCUGCAAGCGAUCGUUGAAAAUUCACAGAGUCGUGAGAUAUUUGGAUUCUGGCCGCAAAUUGUAGCCACUGGAUCACGAAGCGACGCACGAGUAUUAACUAGAAGUAUUUUAAAGGAGCCUGUAUCGAAAGUGAAACAAACUAUGCUGAGCACAUUAACAGAAUUACUUGUAGAUGCUAAGUCUUUUUUAAUACACGCAGAAGACGCCCACCAUACGUCUUUUAUUACCUUUUUUGGCACUGUGUGUCUGAUGAUAAAAGAAUUACAUUUCACGGUGUCCUUAGUUUUAAAUAGUGACAAAAAUGUAGCAGUUUUAACUCAUGCUUUAAAAUGUGCUGCCGCUCUGAUUCAGGGUACGCCGUAUUCGCGUUUGAAAACAGGACUUGCUACAAAAUUAAUGAAAAAUUGCGGCCCGUAUAUAUUUCACAAAGAUCCGACAGUUCGAGUUGCAGCGUUAUCAGCUUUUGAGGCUGUUGCUUCCCACGAUCCAGUGACGCCUGAAAUAUUUGACAUACUUGCAAAACAAUCGACUCUGAACAUAGAAUCGGAGCAUCCAUAUUUAAAUACUUCGCACAGCGACAAUACCGAAGAAGAAGUAGACGUCGAAGACCUCGAAAGUAAUAUAAUUGAUGAAUAUGAAAAUAAAUUAUUGAAAGACACGAACAUCUGUUUCUUGAUUCACGUCUGUUUGGAGAAUAUAGCAAAUAAGACAAUGAACACACCUGUCCGCCUUCAAUCUCUAAAACUAAUCGGUAGAAUGGCAUUCGCUACCGGAAGUCUCGUGUUUUCGCACGUAGAGCUAGUUACAACAACUUUAACAGCUGUUAUACAGGAUUCUGAAACACAAGUGAUAUUACAUGCUUGCCGUACUCUAGAAAUUAUGGCUGGUUGCCUGAUAAACACCGACUCCGAAAACGACAAUGCCUCCGUGUUUUGGAACAUUAUAUUUGAACCCAUAACGCUGCUUCUUCAACAUCCACAAACAAUAUUAAGAGAAGCUGCGUGCGAUUGUUUAGGUAGCAUUAGUCCCGUUGUAUUAAAUCAACUAUCGAGACAAAAAACAGUUCUAAUUAUCACGGUACUGUUUGGCGCAGUACACGAUGAAGAAAGUGCGGUAAGAGCCGCUGGAUUACGAGCGUUAGGGAUGUUGGUAACUUUACCACCACUGAAAGAGGAGACUGGAUUUUUAAUGGAUUUAGCUGAUAUAGUUUGUUUGACUGCUGACGAUAGAAAUCUUGGUGUUCGUGUCAAAGGAACCUGGGCAUUGGCUAAUUUAUGCGAUUGCCUUUCCAAAGACAAAAAUAACGAAGAAAUGGAACCACUUCCUCUCGAGGUUUUGUUACCAAAGCUUUAUCAGGUCAGCAUCAAAGCAACUAAGGAUAGCGAUAAAGUAAAAUGCAAUAUAGUUCGAGCACUUGGAAGUAUUUUGCACUUAUGCCCGACCAAGCAUAUAUUAGGUGAUACAUUAUCGGGAUUGAAGGCUCUUAUAAAUUGCGCCACUUUAGGGAACGAUAUGAAAGUGCGCUGGAAUGCCUGUCGGGCCAUAGGAUUAGUUUUAAGUAACAAUCCAGAUGAUAUAUUACCGUCUUCUUGGCGGGAUCAAGUGUUCCCUGUAUUAUGUAAUUUAAUAUGCGAUAGCCCGAACUUCAAAGUUCGUACUAACGCAGCGUGGGCAUUGUACGCUUGUAAUUCUUACGGUAAAUAUACCGCAACUUUGUGGAAAAGCAUUAUUUUAGCAUUUGAGAACUCUCAGUACGUGCCAAGCUACAUCGAGUAUCCCCAUCGUGAUGCUCUUGUUCAACAACUGUGCCUCACGCUCAGUCAUCUGGCUGCUUGUACAGAGGUGUCCGAUUUACAAAAUCUUUGGAUAGAGGUUGGAGAUCACGUAGAUGACAUUUCCAAUUACAUGAAGCAAUUCCAGGAAAUUAUCGUGCCCGAAAAAAUUGGAGAUUUAAUAAAAGCGAAAUCUCAGUUACAAAAAUAUGUGAAAAGUGCUCCUUUAUUGGAAGAACGAAAGAUUGCCCAAACAUUGGCAAGCAUUUUUGAACGAACAAAAUGACACGGUAGUUUCGAUCUUACUAUCCCAAUAUUAUGAUACACAAAACUGUUAAAGAUUGCAUAUUAAUUAUAUAUAAAUAUGAAUAAAAUGUAAAAUUACUUACUAAUAUAUACACUACUAAUUAUUACAUGUUUAGAUCAUUUAAUAAGCACUUAAAUUUCUAAUUUAUGUCAAAUAUUUGUA